GGAGCACCAGCACGCCCAUGUUGAAUACUCCUACCAAAUCCCCAGGCGAAGGAUCGAUUAAACCUCGAAGAACAAGAGUCGUUUACAAUUUCUUUUUUUGAAUUUCUUCUUAGCGAUCGGAAUUAGUAAAGGGUUUGGGGAAUGGCGAGGAACAAGGAGUCGGCGAUGACUCGGGCGGUGACUUCGGUGUUCGCCUUCGUCAGAUUUGCUGAGUUUGAGAUCCUCUUCGUUCUUUUCUUCAUGAUCGCUUUUCUCCUCUUCAAAGAUCUCACGUCAAGACCUGAAUACAAUCAGAUGCUUGUAAAGAAGCCCGGUGGAGGUGGUCUAUGGCCUUACUAGAUGGAUAUGUUUUAGGUCGCACGAAUGUCUUUAAUAUCAGCUUUAAUUAGGGGAAAUAUUCUGUCAACCGCUUGUAAUGUCACAGUACUUUUUGCCUGCUUUUGAAUUUAUGUAUGCAUUUUAUAAUAUGAAUACAUGCGAGACAAAGGACAAUGGGCUCUCAAUAGGAAUCCAAAGAAAACUUUUUCCGUCA